AUGGUCAAAUGCCCUAUUUGCUCAAAGGAUAUAGCCUUGCGGCUUAUCAAUGAGCAUCUUGAUUCUUGCGAGAAGGUAUCAGACGCGACCCUCUCUCAGCCCUCACACAUAAACAGUUUGUCUGACGUAUUAACUGGAAACCAUAAGAAAUCAUUCAAUUCCGGCUAUAAAUAUAAAGAUGGAUUGAAAAUGGAAGACUCCAUUUUGAUUUUGGAUGCGGAACCUAAAGACACUUCAUCGUUGGCAUCUUUAGGACACAAAGAUAAGAUGAUCAAGUUAGAUCCUCAGCCACCACCGUCUUUGCCGAUCUCAUCAGGUCAAGCCAGAAAACAAGAGCAAAUCAGGCUUUUGAAGGCGCAAUCCAGAUUGCCAUUGGCUGAAAGAUUACGACCCACAACUCUAGAAAAUUAUAUCGGUCAGGAGCAUCUUGUUGGUUCCGAUGGUAUUUUGAGAGGUUUUAUAGAGAGCGAUAGAAUACCCUCUAUGAUUCUUUGGGGCUAUCCUGGUACGGGAAAGACUACAUUGGCACGGAUCAUUUCUCAUCGUACGAAAGCACGGUUUGUUGAGCUGUCAGCUACUGCCAACGGAAUCGCUGAUUGUAAAAAGGUGUUUCAAGAAGCUAAACAUGAGUUGAAACUUACUGGUCGAAAAACCAUUGUUUUUGUGGAUGAGAUCCAUCGGUUCAACAAGACUCAACAGGAUAUAUUUCUACCGCACGUGGAGAGAGGCACCGUUACUUUAAUUGGUGCUACUACAGAGAACCCCAGCUUUCAAUUGAAUAGUGCAUUGCUUUCUCGAUGUAGGGUGUUUGUUUUGAAGAAACUUUCGUCUUCAGAGUUGAAGGAGAUUAUUUGCCGUGCACUUGUAGUGAUUAACAAGACUCGAAAGCUAGUUUACAAUAAAAAUGUGAUGAAACUUGCUCCAGAUGCCAUCGAUUAUCUCUGUAACAUAUCAGAUGGAGACUCCAGAGGUGCCCUUAACCUUCUAGAGCUUGCCGACUCUCAUUUCCUGACAACGGAUACGGAAGAGAAAGAAACGGUAGAAAGCGACACGGUAACUCAAUCUAUACCAUCCAGCAAAUCAACACCCAUAAAAAACAAGCAUAUCAUUGACAUCACAGCGGAUGAUUUGCGUAAAGUCUUCAAAAGGACACAGAUCGUCUACGAUAGAGUUGGAGACGCGCAUUAUGACACAAUCUCUGCAUUCCACAAAUCUGUCAGAGGUUCAUGCCCGGAUGCUGCAAUAUACUAUCUUGCAAGAAUGCUGAAAGGAGGAGAAGACCCCUUGUACAUAGCCCGACGUAUGAUUCGCAUCGCCAGCGAAGAUGUUGGCGUGGUGGACGAUAGCUGCCUUCCAUUUGCCGUGGCUGCAUAUCGAGCCGUGCAACUUAUUGGACUGCCCGAGGCCGAAUUAGCACUAGUUCAAUGCGCAGUGAAACUUGCCAAAGCUCGGAAAUCAGUAGAAAUCUAUAGAGCAUGGAACGAGAUGAACACUAAAUUGGACAACGAACCGGAUGUGGCUUCUGCAUCAAUACCGUUGCACUUGAGAAAUGCACCUACAAAAUUAAUGGCAGAUUUAGGCUACAGUGAGAACUACAAAUAUAAUCCCGAUUUCAAGGAUGGUACGGUGAAACAGGACUAUUUUCCAAAAGAGUUGAAAGAGAUGAAAUUAUUACGUGGAGAGCAUCUCGGUACUAAAAUCGAUCCGGAUCUUUAUAAAAAAUAA